GUGUUCGUGUGGUACUUGCAGUUGGCAUACGUAUCUUGUACAAUACAUCUUCAACAUAUCCACGCGCCGCCGCACGAUAAAAUUACCGCCAAAUACCAUCACUAAUAAAAGACACAACCCGCCAACUCCUUUUUCUCAUCUUCAUCCACCAGAACAUUUUCAUCAUUUGUAGAGUUAACUCAAGAUUUAUGAUUUCCUUAAACUCAAUUUCUGAAAAUAAGCAACAGUAAACCCCCCGGAAAAAACCUAGCUAUAUUCCAUCUCGUGACAUUUAUAAAAUCAAAUCCAAUGGCGAUUAUCAGCGACGCACUGCGACAAGCAUUCAUGCCGAAGCGCGAGUACGAGAGUCUUCGAGAAGAAGAUAAAGCAUGGAUCAAGCUUCAAAGACCAGUACUAGGGUUUAUUUUGUUCGCUAUUUGUUUCUUGAUUUUUGUAUGCACAAUUAUUAGCUUGAGGAUUGUGUUUCCUGGUGACAGUGGAAAGAGACCGUUCUGUAGUGAGCUUAGACUGCAGCCUUUGCAAAUAAAUUUGAAAGGCGGCGGCAGCGGUGGUGAUUCGGAUCUGGUGGCGGGUGCUUUUUAUCUUACGGAUCAAGAAACUGUUGAUUACUAUUGGAUGGUUGUUUUUAUUCCUUCUCUAGUCAUUUUCUUUGUCUCUGCUGCUUAUCUCUGUGCAGGGAUGACUGUUGCUUAUUCUGCUCCAGCAAGACAUGGAUGCUUGAUGGUGGUUGAAAAUAAUUACUGUGCUUCAAAAAGGGGUGGAGUUCGCUGUCUGUCCAUUUUGAACAUAGUCUUUGCAAUUAUAUUUGGUCUUCUCGGGCUGUUUCUAGGUUCAAGCCUCCUGACGCUAGGGAGUAGUUGUUCCUUACCUUUGUUUUGGUGCUACGAGAUUUCCGUAUGGGGGCUGGUUGUUUUAUAUGGCGGAACUGCUUUCUUUUUGAGAAGGAGAGCAGCUUCAGUUCUCGAUGAGAGUGAUUUUAGUGGCAGAAGCCUUGGCCUGGAAAUGUUAGAAGCCAACACUUUGCAAGUCACGCCAGAUAUGGAAAGGCGUGUUUCUGAUGGUUUUAGGGCAUGGAUGGGGUCGUCUGUCCUAUCUUCUGAUGAUGAAGAUGAACCCGACACUUACUCAGAAGCAUCUCAUAUGACCCCGGACUACUUCUAACAGGCAGAAAAUAUGAUAUUUCAAUCGAGUAAUAUAUUGUAGGAGGCAGAUUUUCACGGAGCUUUAUGCCGGAGAAUGAAUCCGAAUUUCGGAUUCUGAAAAGCCCGACCAAUACAAUUUUUGGUGAUUCUAAUAUUGGAUGCAGGAAGGAAUUUGGGGUUUGGAUGCAGUACAUUUCGUUGUAGAAAUGUCUGCUGCACUUCACCCUUUUUAGGUAGCACCUCCACAAUCAUAGCUUGUAAAUAUUUUAACAACAAUCUUAUCCUUGUUAAGAGUAACCCAAAGUGUGAAAAAGAAAACAGUUAUGAUCAGAAGUGAGCAGAAAUUUGGUUAAACCGAAUUAACUGAUAUAUUCAGUUAAUUUGACUUCAUAAUUCGGUUUUGGUUAAAUCGGUCGGUUGUUAAUCUAACCGAUCGUUUGCUCAACCCUAGUUAUAGUAGCUCAUGGCUCACCAGUGAUUGAGAGUUGGAUCCCAAUUGAAUCUCAUGUUUUGGCUCUAACAAACAAUGUUUGGGAAUGUCUCACCUCACCUCUGCUCAAACACACAGCACGUUCAACUUUGACUCUGGUUGUCUCAAUGCUAAUAUUUUUGGUUCCGGUUCGAUAUACACGAUAGCUGAGGUCCUUCUUGAGUAAUAGAAUUCUUUAGUUUUUGGCUACUCUUUGUUGAGGGUUUCUUUCCCCCUCAGUUUUGGAGGAUAGUGGCCGGUGGUACUACUGAGCGAAUACUCACCAGUCUUAUAUUCUUAAAAUCUGAUUAUGCCAAAUACUUGAAAAAUGCAGUUAUGACAUUUGCUGUGCUUCAUUUGAUUUGGCAUAUUAUUAAUAAUUUAUAGCUUUCUAACAAUUAAGAUUUAUGUUGUAAGUUCCAAGAAAAUGAGAUUCAAGUUAUAAUUUUCAUCAAUUCA